CGCACACACGCACACACACACAAGAAACAAUUAGCUAAACUGCUACAUGCUAACUGCUACGUGCUUACUGCACAUACCGGACGUUACGUAUGCCCGGCUACUGCCAAUCGGCUUUUAAAUAGGAUGUGAACCCUGCUGAUAGGUAAAUACGACUGUCAAUCAUUACCGUUACCUGGGAUACACCAGCUGUUUACCUUCAGCACAGCUCAGACAUUAGGAGUUUAAACACAAACAAAAUCAGCGAUAUUGUUAAUCAGAACACAGAUGACAUCACCAAGAGCCACUUGUCUCCAUAGCAUCAGAUAAACAAUCAGCUUUUUAGCGAAAAAUGAACAGAGUCACUUCUCAAAUGGCGUCACUCAACGUUAGGGAUCUUCAUCCUAAAGUGACUGAGUCUCCAUCUGCUGUUCCUGCUCCAGCCCGAAAGCCCCUGACCAUCUAUAUGUUGGAGUCGGCUGAUCUGGAUGAACAGAUCAGGAUGCUGCAUGAGUACAUGCUGCCACUUGUGCAGGAAAUCCAACCAACUCGGGCCAAAGUCAUCACCAAUUUAGUUAUUCAGGGAGAGAACAACUAUGACCUGCUUAAUUUGAUUGGGAAACCCAACCUUCUGCGUGCCCAGGUCGAGCAGAUUGCUGCUGUGCUUCAGGCGAGGGAAGCUGGCCAGGACGUGCGUUUUCCUGCACCCAAGAAAAAUAAGAAGAGGCGAAAGAAGAAGAAUGUCCAAUAAAAUCAAUACACCCAUAAAUUGUAUAUUUUAUAAAUGUUUUAACAAAAUUAAAACCUCUGUACUUUAAUAUAUUAUUGACUGAAUAAUAAUAUGAAUAAUUAUGUAAGGUAUAACUUCAGACAAUUUUUAUGCUUUGUUCCUGAACUUUAUUUAUUUAUUUAUUUAUUUAUUUGUUUGUUUAUUUAUUUAUCUAUUCAUAGAAUUUUGUUGAUGGAAAUCCUCAUUGUUUCUGUAAUAAGUAAUCAUCUGUACAACUUACCCAAAAUCAUUGUAAACUGCUUCUACCUACUUCCAGUUUUUGUGAUGACAUUAACAACUGGUUUCUAACACAGCUGAGCAAGAGAAAACAGUGGAAAAAGCAAAAAUAUUCUGGAAUUUGACUUAUAAAUAGAAUCUUUCAAAUUAAUACUUAAGUGACAUAAUGAUGCACAUUUAAUCCUAUAAAUAUUUCCUACUGCUGAUAAUAAGGAUUAUUGUAUGUUAUUAAAAUUUCUAGCUAUUGUACAAAUAUGUAACAUGAUGAUUCAGUCAAACAAAAUAAAAGAUUAAAUAUUCUAACAAAA